CCUAAUUGCAGCUAUUUUUGGUCUCUCUCUCUUCCGACUCCAAUGCCUUCCAGAGGAGCAGAGUUCAUAUGAUGCUACUCUCUGCAUCACUGGCAUAGAAAGCAACAAGCAGAGUUUUUGUUUGAUUGAGAAGCCGAAGCUAGGCUGCAAUGAAUUCAGAGGUGAGGCUGGAAUCUGCAGUGUUCCAACUCACGCCGACGCGGACUAGGUGUGAUCUGAUUAUCACGGCUAAAUGCGGGAAAGAAAAGCUUGCAUCUGGUCUUGUGAAUCCUUUUCUUUCCCAUCUGAAGACUGCCCAGGAUCAAAUCGCCAGAGGUGGAUAUUCAAUCAAACUUGAACCAGAUCCUGGUGCAGAAGCUGCAUGGUUUACGAAAGGCACUGUGGAGAUGUUUGUUCGCUUUGUGAGUACACCAGAUAUAUUGGAAAGAGUAAAUACUAUAGAGUCUGAGAUUUUACAGAUUGAUAAGGCGAUCUUGAUGCAGGGAAAUGAAAAUUUUGGCCUUAGCACUGUGGAAGAACAUCAUGAAAUGAACUCAGUUUGUGGCAUUGAGGUUAAAAAGCCAGUAUUUGAUGCAGACACUGAGAAGGCAAUAAUUCCUUAUAAGCCUGUAUCACAUCCCAAUCCACCAGUGUUAAAUGGAUCCAAAGUGCAUGGGGAAAACUCCAAAGUUCAGCUUCUAAGAAUUCUUGAGAGCCGCAAAAAGGUUUUGCAGGAAGAACAGGCUAUGGCCUUUGCACGCACUACAGCUGCUGGCUUUGACAUAGAAAGCAUGAAACAUUUAAUUUCAUUUGCUGACUCAUUUGGUGCUUCACGGCUGAAGGAGGCAUGUGUACGUUAUACAGAUUUAUGGAACGCAAAGCAUGAAACUGGACAGUGGAUAGAAGUCGAAGCUACAGAAGCACGGUCUUAUAGGUCCGAUUUUUCUCCUUUGAAUUCAUCAGAGAUUAUUUUUUCUGGAGAUGCCUUGAGAAAAAAGGAGUUGGUAGAAGCUUGGCCAUUAUCUAGCAUAGAUACAAGCAAAGAGAGUAAUGGAAAUACUGCUGGCCAUGACAUUGAUAGAGAUAAAAGGUCUCCUUCAGAACCACAGGCGCCUCUUGCUCCGCAUGAGUAUUAUCCAGGACAGUUUCAACACCCAGCUUUUCCUCAAUGGCCUAUGCUUUCCCAGCCAAACCCUCUUGGAUUUCAUCUGCACCCAAUGCAAGCUAUGCCUUACUAUCAAAAUUAUCCAAUGACUGGUCAAUUCUUUCACCAACCUCCCCCACCAACAGAAGACCCCAGGUUCAACACACCAAAAAGAAAGGUGAAAAAGAAGCAAUCCAUGAAUAGUGAUAGUUCUGCAUCAGAAGAUGUGUCCGACAUAAGUAAGUCAGAUUCUGAGAAAGAGUCAUCUAGAGGCCACAGUUCUCAUCACAAGUCUGCCCAUUCUAGGAAGAAAAAGGGUGUUGUUGUCAUUCGAAACUUGAACUACAUUGCAGGGAAGGGACAUGAGGCAUCUGGAAAUGGAUCAGAAUCCAUGCAUGACUCUGAAUUUGAAGAAAAAAAAGAUUCAAAAUCUUCGAAGAGAAAUGACAGCCACAUAAAAUCUUUGGAGAUCUCAAAUGUACAUGGCAAGGAUGAAGAUAUAUAUUCACAAGAAGCGGAUGCUGGGAAUUGGCAAGCAUUUCAGAGCUUUUUAUUGAGAGCUGAAGAGAAGAUGACCAGUGCGGUUAAUGGAGACAUAUUGACUUGUGAGAAAGUGCCUUCAGUAAAAAAAGGGCAGAGUAAUAAUGGACCUGAUUCUAUCCUUCUUCCUGAAAGGGAUUCUAGUAGUUAUCGGAAUGAAAGUAUCAUUGAAUAUGAGGGUGAUGGCAAUUCCAAGAAGAGCUGCUUGCGCAAUGUAAAUGAUGAUUCAUUUAUGGUUCCUUUAAGGUCAGGCUCAGGAGCAGGUGGAAUGCUUACAAUUGACUUGGAGUCUGAGCUCCCUUCAUUUAUUCAGAGAAAUAAGGAUUCUAACGAUAAAAAAACUUCUAGUGUUACGUGUGAGCCAGAUGAUUUAACCUUGAUGCUUGGACAUGCAAGAAGAGAGAGUGAAUCAGUAGGCUAUGAUCCAGCUAUAGAUUAUGACAUUCAAGUCCCUCUUGUUGUCAAACAUGAAUCCAAGAAGGAAGAAAAUGAUGUGCUUGCAAACACCAAUGAAGGAUUGAUGAAUUCUGUCAAAGAAAAGAAACUGAAAUCUCCUCAGGUUGGAUUUGACAAAAAAAGAAAUGAUGCAAUGACAAAGAAAAUGGCAUCUUCUAAGUCCACCCCUUUGACUGAAGCACAAAAGAGAGCAGAAAAGUUACGAAACUACAAAGCUGAUCUUCAAAAGCUUAAGAAAGAACAGGAAGCGGAAGAGAUAAGAAGGUUGGAAGCAUUGAAAAGAGAGCGGCAGAAACGGAUAGCAGCAAGAAGUAGUUCCAAUGCUGUCCAAUCACCAGCUACCCCACAACAGCACAAACCUAGGUUGGCUGUAAAAGUAUCACCAACUUCUUACAAAAGUUCCAAAUUCACUGACUCAGAAGCUGUUUCAAAUUCUCCUCUACAAAAGCUGCCUAUAAAUAUUGGUUCAGUUGGGUCCAAUCAUUCUGACAAAACGUCUAAACCUCCAAGGCAUAAUGGCUUAAGUCGUUCAGCACCAUCAUUGCCUGAGUUCAAGAAAGAAAUCGUGAAAAAAGUGGGAACUCUAGCUUCCGAGCGAAUUAGAAGACUCUCAGAACCCAAAGACAGUAGCGUGCAUAGUGCUCCAGCAAAAUCAGCAAUUACUAUUCAAGCAAGUAAGAAAUCAUCAUCUGAGGAGCCCCAAUCAAAAAAGAUAUCUGCAAUAAUACAGCUAGACAGGACCAAGUCAGAAACCCUGCCAGAAUUGAAAAUAAAAGCAUAUAGAACCCCUUCAGAAGCAGUUAAGAACAAGCCAGCACCUAAGCAGCAGAGAGGAGCUGGAAUCAGAACUUCUGUGAUCUCUGAAAGCAGCCAUUGUGAUAACAAGGUUGAGAAGACCCCAAGUUUUAGCUACAGUGAUGACAAUCCUGUGAUUGAGAAAACUGUGGUGAUACUUGAAAAUGAAGUUGUCUCCAAUUUGCCGGUCCAGGCAUCUGAAGGGAAGAUAGAUUCAGUUGAUAAGUCAUUCAUGGAUGUCCAACUAGCGAUGGUUGGAAUAGAUAUUGGAUAUAGUGCUAUUCGUGCGUCGCCUUCUCCAAUUUAUGUAGUUGAAAGUGAAAAUUCAAAUGAAGGUAACCAGAAUGAUCAACUCAACCCUUAUGAGUUUGUAAAUCAUGUUUCAAAGGAUGAAUCUGAGAAAUUACUCGAUGAGACCGUACCCGACAUGCUUUAUCAAGCUCCAUUUGCAAGAGCAUCUUCUUUGGAGGAAUCUGGUGCUCGUAUUUCUCAAAAUGCUGUAGUGCCACCCGUUGUAAACACUGAAACUAUCAAGGCUUAUGCGCACCAUGUCUCUGUUAUGAACAUGGUGGAUCAAAUGGAUGAAUCGAAUGAGAAGACUCAAAACAGAGAAUUAAAAGGUCUUAAAAAGUUCUGGAAAUUUGGGAGAAAAAGCCCCAGCUCUGGUUCUGGUGAUAACUUGGAUUCAAAUGGAUCAAUUGCUUAUGAUAAUAUGGCUACUUCUGCUAGCGACACUUCUACUCUGAAGAAUCUGAUUUCUCGAGAUGAAAUUAAUAUUGGUGGCGCUCAGACAAAAGUUUCUCGUCCAUUCUCCAUCCUCUCCCCAUUUCGAGGGAGGAACAAUGAGAAGAAGGUUGCAGCUUGAGCUUUACUAACUUGGAAAAUUGGAAUUCUUUUUUUUUUUUUUUCCCCCUUUUGGGGGAUCUUGUCAUUGAACCAAAGCAGAUAUUGUGCUGUUUACUUUUUGUAUUUAUGUAAGAUUUUCAGUUUGGAAUGUGUAGUAUUGAUGUUCAAAGAACUCUAA